UCACUAUUCGAUAAUCGGUGCACUCGUACGCGUCUGGCUUACGAGGCUUUUAUUGUAGCGACUGCGUUCCUUCGCUCAUUUGUGCAAUUGGUGGCAGGAAGGAUGCUUGCUAACAGUGGUCAAAUGUGGUUUUACCACGCACCUUCGAAGAGAACAGAAAAACCUCAAAAACUUGCCCCUGCUGCGUCUCAGAUUCCUGGUCUUGCUGCUCUAGAUCCCCUUGAUCAGGAAGCAUGGGAACGCGAAGUUGGCAUCAAGAGCCAGAAACAAGCCAAGGAAUCAGAUUCUCACUAUAUUAGGCUUGCCAAGCAGGGAGGAAGGAAAAAUCUUCUAACAUUUCGUGACAUAAAACCACCAUCAGAAGAAAUUCAACCUUAUCCAAGAGUUGAUUGGUUUGAUCAUCAUGACUGUGACCCAGAAAAAGACAAAAGAAUAUUAUCACAAUCAACAUGGCAACCACCUGAAUAUAUGGUACACGAUUAUGAAACUACUGAGAAGGAUAAGAUGAUGGAAGAUGAAGAAAUUGUUGGCAGAGCUAAGCCAAGACGUGCCCCUUUCUAUUCUGACAAUAUGUCGGCAUGGUCAAGGCCGGAAGAAGAUAACCCUAAACGAAAUAAGAAGAGGAAGAGUCAAAUUAAGGUUGACAAACUACCAGAACUUCCCUUAAAAACACAGAAAUCACCUCCUGUAGCAUUCUCAAAAUUAAUUGGUGGAGAAUAUGGAACAGAAUGGUAUAGAAAGCAGGCUACACAAGGACAAAGCAAGGCCAAAUUUACACAAUAUCAAUCUGGAAAAGGAUACUUAAAUAUGACUGAAUAUCAACAAAAUAUUUGCCGAAAAGUUAUACCACCAAAAAAAUUGAAACCAAUAUCAAUGCCACAACAGAAAAAAGAAACAAAUCAAGAAAAACCUAUGUUCAAACUAAGCAAAUUUAGCAAAGUGGAAUCAAAAUUGAAUACUGUACCUCACGAAACGUGAAGCAAUUACUUCGUUUCUGUUAUCCAACUUUACUUCACCUGCCUUAUCCCAAAGGUUUUAGUGUUGCAAUGCAUUCAAAUUUUUGUAAUAUUUUAUCAGAUACAUCGAAGCUUCAUUUCUAUGCAGAUAAUUUUUUUUUUGCACAAAUGAUAAGCAGUGGUUGAUAGUGGUUGACAAUAUCCCACUGUAUGUAUUUAGGAAAUAUUGUCAUCAUUACUGUGGCUACUUGGCCCCCUAUUGUGACAAUUAGCCAUUUCCGCUUUUGUUUAAUUCAUUUUAUGCCUUGGUUCUUAACCAUAUAUUCGUUUUAUCGGUGUAUCACCUAAGGGCUUCCCUAAUAAGAUAAACAAGAAUAUGAAUGUUAUUGCAUGUUUCAUUGCAUUUCUGUACUUAGUGUUAAGUGUGUGAAUGUCCCCAAGUGUACUUCAGAUAUUCUAAAAAUGUUGUGUUGGUUAUAGUUAUAUUAUAUACCAUUUGUCUAUAAGAGUGUCUUUUUGUUUCAUAAAAAACAAAUAAAAAUUACUU